AUGAAUCUACAAGAAAAAGCAGAUCAGAUAUUUAAAUUAGAUCUAGAAAUUGAGAAUUUAAUUCCUGAAGUAUCUGAUCUGGAAACAGAAGUCGAGAAUAAUCAAGAAUACAGAGAACGUAUAAUCUACGCGAAAUCGAAAGUUAAGAAUUAUUUUCAGAAUUCAGAUAGAAAUAAGGGAGAUUUUUCGUUUUCUUCACUUAUUUCGAAUAGUGAACCAGACAAACCAAGAAUAAAUUUGCCGAAACUUCAUGUAGAACCGUUUGAGGGUAAUUUAGAGAAGUUUCAGGAAUUUCGGUCACAGUUUGAUAAUGCGAUUCACAGUAACGAACGCUUAUCUAAAGUAGAUAAAUAUAAUUAUCUUAAAGCUUUCUUGAAAGGACCAGACUUAAUUAGUAUUCAAGGACUAUUGGUAUCGGAAAAUAAUUAUGAUUUAGCAGUUGAAUUGCUUAAAGAAAGAUUCGGGAAAAAAGAAAUUAUUGUCAGAUCUCAUAUUAACCAUUUGUUAAAUUUAAGUGCAGUAAAAUCAGCUUCGUAUUUGAAACAGUUAUACGAUACGAUAGAAAUCCAACUACGGGGUUUACAAACUCUUGCUGUCGAACUGAAUUCAUAUGGCAGUUUGUUGUUUCCACUACUAACCAAACUUAUUCCCGAUACCAUUGUGCUAGAUUUUUAA